GCCGCCCUCAGCGCGCUGCCCUUCUGGUCCAGGGUCGAGAGCUUCGAGCGGCUCUCCGCGGAGGAGGCGCGCGACCGCGCCCUGGAGCUGCUCGGCGCGGAGGACACCCUCGACAGGAUGGGCGGCUUCACCCCGAUCACAGGCCUGAGCACCGUCCUCCGGGCCAAGUUCCACAAG